AUGGCGUCUGCCAAGGUCGUCGCGCCCAUCGUGGCAGCGUGCGCGUUGAUCGGAGUGCUGCUCGUGGCAGCCCCAUGGCAUGUGCAGAGUGCUGCGAUUGCCUCUGAAGGUGGCGACGCUUUGUCCGGAAAUGAAUUCCCCUCGGCCUUCAGCCAUGGCCGCGUGCUCAAGCACAAGAGCUCCGAUACAAGCAGCUCCGGCUCUACUAGCAGCUCUGGCUCUACUAGCAACUCCGGCACUAGCAACAAGAAGUCGAAGAAGAGCGACUCGACUUCGUCAGGCUCGACCCCCUCCCCGUCUCCCGCGAAGAAGUCGAAGAAGGGCUCGAGCGCGCCCGCCGCUUCCCCUCCCCCUCCUACCAAGUCGGGGAAGAAGGGUAAGAGCUCCAACGUUCCCGCCUCUCCCCCGCCGCCAACCACCACCGGAAAGAAGGGGAAGAAGGGCGGAAGCAGCGGUACCACCACUCCCGCCACUCCCGCCACUCCCCCGCCAACCACCACCGGAAAGAAGGGCGGACACCGCAACAACGGCGGCGCCCCUGCCACGCCCACCCCUGUUCCCGUCCCCGCGCCUGCUACGAGCGGAAAGGGCGGAAAGAAGGGCAAGAACAACGCGGGUGCGGGUGGUGGCGGGUCCGCGCCCGUGGUGGUGAGCAAGGCGGACCAGAAGAUCCAGUCGCAGCUCACGACGGCCGCGAGCGGAGUGCAGAAGGCGGCGGACACGCUGGGCGCGAAGAACACGUACUACGCGAGCCUCACCGCCACCGUGCAGGCGCUCACGAACGCGGGCAUUCUGAUCGACGAGGGGCAGCGCACGCUCGUGCAGGGGCAGAUCGCCAACGCCGUUUCCACCAUCGACGGCGUCUCCGUUAUGCUCGACCCCGUUAACGAUAAGAAGGUGCUCUCGCAGCUGGCGUCCGCUAAGGCCACCGCCGAGGCCGCUUCGAAGGCCUUCAAGCCGUAG